GGGCGGCACCAGGUUCAGCUGUUCCGCGUCUGCCCCGCCCAGUGCCCGGGUCCUAUAAGUGUCGCCCCAGCCUGGGAGCCCUGCGUGCGGAACAGCCAGCUGUGCAGAACAUGGCCAGGGACACCAACCUCCGGUGGCGGCUGCCGGUCAUCUGCCUGGUCCUGCAGGUGGUGAUGGUGGUUCUCUUCGGCGUGUUUGUGCGCUACGACAUCCAGGCGGAUGCUCGCUGGUGGUUGGAGAAGAAGGUCAAGAACAUCUCUAGCGACAUUGAGAACGAGUUUUACUACCGCUACCCGAGCUUCCAGGACGUGCAUGCCAUGGUCUUCGUGGGCUUCGGCUUCCUCAUGACCUUCCUGCAGCGCUAUGGGUUCAGCGCGGUAGGGUUCAACUUCCUGCUGGCAGCUUUCGGCAUCCAGUGGGCGCUGCUCAUGCAAGGCUGGUUUCGCUUCUUUGAGGAAGGCCACAUUAUGCUGAGCGUGGAGAACAUCAUAGAAGCUGACUUCUGUGUGGCAUCUACCUGUGUGGCCUUUGGGGCAGUUCUAGGCAAGACCAGCCCAGUCCAACUGCUUAUCAUGACCUUCUUCCAAGUGACCCUCUUCGCAGUGAAUGAGUUCAUCCUCCUGAAUCUGAUAGAGGCAAAGGAUGCAGGGGGCUCUAUGACCAUCCACACAUUUGGCGCCUACUUUGGGCUCACAGUGACCUGGAUCCUCUACCGAAAAAACCUGGAGCAGAGCAAGCAGAGACAGAGUUCAGUGUACCAUUCGGACCUUUCUGCCAUGAUUGGCACCCUCUUCCUGUGGAUAUACUGGCCCAGCUUCAAUUCAGCCAGUUCCUUUCAUGGAGACACCCAACACCGAGCAGCCCUCAAUACCUACCUCUCCUUGGCGGCUAGUGUGCUAACUACAGUGGCAGUGUCUAGCAUCAUACACAAGAAGGGCAAACUGGACAUGGUGCACAUCCAGAACGCCACGCUUGCCGGAGGGGUGGGCGUGGGCACAGCUGCGGAGAUGAUGCUCACACCUUAUGGUGCCCUCAUCGUGGGCUUCUUCUGUGGUAUUUUCUCCACCCUAGGAUUCACAUACCUAUCGCCAUUCCUGGAGUCCCACCUGCGCAUCCAGGACACAUGUGGCAUUCACAACCUGCACGGUAUCCCUGGCAUCAUAGGUGGCAUUGUGGGUGCUGUGGCAGCAGCCUACUCCUCCCCUGAUGUGUACGGAGAGCCAGGGCUAGUCCAUUCACUUGGCUUUGGAGGCUAUAAGGCAGACUGGACCAAGAAAAUGCAGGGCAGUUCCCAGAUAUUUGGCCUCCUCCUGACCUUGGCCAUGGCCCUGGUGGGCGGCAUCAUUGUGGGGCUCAUUUUGAAAUUGCCAUUCUGGGGACAAGCUGCUGAUGAAAACUGCUUUGAGGACACCAUCUACUGGGAGAUUCAUGAAGAGGUGAGCAACGUCUACAUUCCUGAGGACCUCACCCACAAACAUCCUGCUCCUCUGGUACCCCCAAUACCCCUGGUCCUUCCAACACCUUCAGCAUCCUUGGUUCCUCCAGUACCUCCAACACCUCCAGUAUCCUUAGCAACUCCAGUACCUUCAGCAUCCUUGGUACACUAAGCUCCCAAGGCAGGUGAAAAGCAGGCUUCACAGACUGUCCCCAGGCUCUGGAAAGAGCUGGACCCACCUAGCUGGGGACUCUGGAGCAGGGCAGCCAAAAGUCCUGCUGACUGGCCCCAGCACCUUCCACACCCCCUUCAUCCCAGGGGGCUUGCCUGAGAAGGAGGAGAUUCCCACAAAGUGAGCUCCAAGCCAGGGUCAGCUGCAGAAGGUCUGCCCCUGCCUGGGGUCGCGAUGCUCAAUAUCCUGUGGAAAGUGGCAUGGACAGUGGCUG